AUGUCUGACACUCCGGGGAAGCCUUUCUUUACGGUGCCUGCUCCGGUGAAGCGCCUCUUCGACAAGUUCCCAUUGACCACCUAUCCCGCAAACGAGAUCCCUCAGCGCUGUCAGUUCAAUGGCGCCAAUCAACUAUUUGUCUUUACCGAUGCGCGUGGAGCUCGACAGGGCCGACCCUCGUUCAAUCCCCAAUGUCUGAAGUGGCAGGCAUACCUGAAAUUCGUCGGAAUCGACUUCGAGGUCACCUCUUCCAACAACCACGCAUCCCCCACAGGCGCUCUGCCCUUCCUCAUUCCCUCACUCCCUACAGACGUCUCAAACCCGAUUCCUUCGCACAGACUCCAGAAGUGGGCCAUUGAACAGGUUCACUGCGAGGAGGAACAACAACUGAACCUGCGCUUCGAGGUGUAUGCCUCGCUUUUGGACCACCGGAUACGCAAUGCUUGGCUAUACAUGCUCUACCUCGACAGCGAGAACUUCGACGCCGUUGCGCGCCGACUUUACGUGGACCCCGCAACCUCCAAUCUGCUGGUGCGGGCUACGCUCAGCCACCAACUCCAGCAAGCCGCUCGCGAUGAACUCCUGAAGACCUCCCGGUAUAUUGACGCCGCCGAUUUGGAAGGCGACGCAAGUGGUGCCUUCGAGGCGCUAUCAACACUGCUCGGCGAAGAUGAGCAUUUCUUUGGUCGACCAAACCCUGGUCUUUUUGAUGCCAGUGUCUUCGCAUACACACAAUUGAUCUUGGACGACACCAUGGGCUGGAAGCGAAACCGACUGGGACAAUUGCUCCGAGAGCAUCCCAACCUUGUACAACACCGUGACAGACUACUGAAAUUCUUCUGA